AUGGUGCUGGAAAAGAAGAGCUCGGCUCGGGUGGAGGCUGGCCAGCGGAGGAUUUUGGACGAUGCUACCCGCCAGAGGAGGCUGAGUAGGCAGCUAGAGGCUUUGGAAAAAGACAACUUCCAGGACGACCCUCUGAGCUCUCUUCCUCCGCCGGGUCCGACCGCCCGCCUUCCUGCCUUUAGUGAAACGGAGGAGCCCGAAAAGAAGAAAAGGAAGACGCGGGGCGACCACUUCAAGCUACGUUUCAGGAAAAACUUUACGGCACUUCUCGAGGAGGAGAACCUAGCGGACAAGCCGGAGCCCAACUACCUUUCGGCGCUGGUUCCGCCCUCUUCUCUUCCACCGCGCCAUUUUUGCUGCGUUUGCGGCUUCCCUUCCAACUACACGUGCACAACCUGCGGGGGGCGCUAUUGCAGCGGUAAAUGUUUGGUUACACACCGAGAGACAAGGUGUCUGAAGUGGACGUUGUAA